AUGGAGCUGCCUCGCGAGGUCUGCGAGCGUGCCAUGCGCGGCGAGCUUAAGCCGUCAGAUGCCAGAGCGCCAGCAGCGGACGACGACGGCUCGGCUGGUGCCAAAGACCCCGACACCGUCUGCUUUUGCUUGCCUCCGGCGCUCGCACGCGGCUUGCUGGUUGUCUUUAUCAUGGCGGGGGCGCAGACAGCGUCAUCGGAGCUGACGAGCCUGGGAUUGUCGCAUCUCAACGCACCCUUCUUCACCAUGUACAUUCACACAGUUUUCAUGGUCAUGCUCGCGCCGCUCAUGGCGCUUUUUGAGUGGUGCUGCUCUUCGACCGCGUCAAAGGCGUCUCGAGACACCUGGCGGUCAACGCUGUGGCUUGACGGCCAGCCACAGGAGGGCGUGUGCGUGCCACCCCUGGCGUGGCUCGCGGCCGAGUUCUACCUGUACUUUGUGCCCGCGAAUUAUGCAUACGCGCGUGCCCUCGUGUACGCAUCGCCUGGUCUCGUCACGGCCACCUUCUCGUCAUGCAGCGCCUUUGUGGCCGUGCUCUCUUACUUCUGGCUAAACGAGCCCAUGACGGGCGCCAAGAUUGCUAGUGUGGGGCUCGCCAUUGCGGGCAUUCUCGUGCCGGUCUAUUCGUUCAGCAACGGCGGGCUAGCGCAGGGCAAAAGCCCGUCCCUCGGCGUCGCCUUUGCGCUCCUCUCCUCAGUGAGCGCGGCGGUAUAUAAGGUGCUUUACAAGGCCCGCUUCCCUGGCGACCUCUCGGUCAGACAGCUCAGCGUCUUCCUCACGUUGAUGGGCGGCAUCAACGUGCUGCUGGGAACGGUGCCGUGCAUACUUCUCGGCGCAUCGGGCGUGGAGGAAUCGGCGUGGUCGCUCGACCCACCGUUGUCUGCGUUGGCGUGGGGCGCCAUCCUUGGUGGCUCGGUCCUGGUGUUGGUCUUCAACACAUCGAUCGCCAUUGGCAUUGCGAUCACGACGCCCCUCUUCAUUUCGAUCGGCACAGAGAUCACCAUCCCCGCGACCAUGGUGGUGGACGGCAUCACCAAGGGAGUGGUGCCGCCCUGGCAGCAGUGUCUCGGCGCGCUACUGCUCGUCCUUAGCUUCGUCGUUCUCGUGCUUGCCGGGAUCAGCGAGGGCAAAGCCGGCGGACACGGACGCGCUCGGAGUCGGACGCCGCAGCUGUCAACGCCGGCGUUCAGCCGGGCGCCAAGCAUGACUUAG